AACUUCUAGAAGGACAGGAUGGCGAGACCUAUUUUUACCCACUGGCAAAGCCUUCUCUGAUCAGCAGCCUCACUCCUGUCUUCUUCCAGUAUCUUCUGGUUGCAGUGUCAGAGCGUGGAGCCUGCUAUUCAGUCAGUUCGCAUCUUGACCUUUGGUCGAACCGCAAGAGUCAUGAAGCUACCCCGUCAACUGACCCACCUACGGUGAUUUGCUUCUGUAUCCUCCUCGAACGUGCUCUUUACCUGUGACAGACUACGCAGCCCAAGAUGAGUUUCCUCGAUUCCGUGCUUUCGUCGAUCGACAAAGGCCAGCCGGCGCGCAUGCCACCAACUUCGUCCGCUCCACCGGCACCUGUCUCUUCGUCUACCGCUAAACCGGAGGCUCGCAAGCCGGCCACCGCAUCUCGAAAUGCUCCUUCCGACCAAAAGACAGUUGCCUCGGGUAUGAAACGGAAGGCUGAGGAACAGCUCCCCCGUCCUCAACGGCCAGCGCCUCCGGAUUCAAACAAACCGUCAACCUCUCGACCUCUACCGUCAGCGACGCUGUCUAAGCCCCGUCCGAUCGCAAAACCCAGCUCCGCACGACCGGUGCCUGCGAGAGCUACCACCGGGAGUAGCUUGCCCACACCUCAGAAGGCGCCUCAGAAACCCCCUCAGAAAGCGCCUCAGAAAGAACCCCCAGCCUCUUCGAAGGCUCCUCCCAAAGGUUCCUUUGCAGACUUGAUAGCGCAGGCGAAGAACCUUCAGCAGAAAACGCCCACACAGGUCGGCAUGUUCAAGCAUCAGCCCGUCCCGAAAGAGAAACUCAGCAAGAUGGAACGCAAGAAACGAAUGAUGGAGGCCCAAGCCAAGGAGAAAGAAGCCAAGCUGGGAAAGCGGCCAGGUGCUGCCUCAGGGACUAAGCCUGGUCUCCAGAAACUGGCCUCCAAGACCGCCGAACCCACCUACAGGGGCACUUCCCGACCAACACCAACGCCAACGGCAACGGCCCCUGCUCAGCCUGCAUAUCGUGGUACGGCCGGUCUACCGAGUCGACGUAGCGGAAACGAUCGGAAUGCGCAGUCUCGCGGCGGUCGCCGCAGAAUGGAUGAAUACUUGGGGACAGAUGAAGAGGAUGAGGGCGAAUAUGCGGAUAACUACGAUGAUUACUAUUCCGACGCAUCGUCCGACAUGGAAGCUGGUUUGGACGAUGUGGACCGCGAAGAAGCCGCAGCGUUGAAGGCAGCCAGGAGAGAAGACGAAGAAGAAUGGAAGGCAGAGCUUGCUGCGAAGCAAGAGAAGUUGGAGCGGCGCAACAGGCUGGCCUCAUUGGCUUCUAGGCGGGGCUGAAUGUCGAAAGAGCUCGACUCUUGCCAUUCACACAAAAUCUCCGAUACUUUUUUUUGGAUUUGUCAUGGAGUAUCAUUUGAGGGUAUACCCACGAUGAUGCCAUUACGCGGUUGAUUGAUUACUAGUGUUUUUCUCUUCUUUUCUUUUUCUUUUGGGUUGGUUUUGUUUCUUGAUUUCAAGCAUCAGCGAGCGACAAUGUCCAUAGAGGGCUUUCUUUUUCUCUACAUGUCCAUAUUUUGGUUGCAUGCAAAGCGCGGGGCGUCUUUUACUCGGUGUCAAUCCGUUUUAAAUACAAUUCUGUUUCUUAGCUUUA